UCCCUUCGCCCUGCCCGCCUACCGGCCUGCCAGCCAGCAUCAGCAGCCUCCCCUUCUCCUUCCCUCCGCCUCCCCUCGCUUGCAUGGAGAGGGAGAAUGGCGGAGAGAGAGAAAGGAGCCACGUCCCCGACCGGAUCCUCCCCGUUCCUGGGGCUGCACCUCGCCUCGCCCCCCAGUUUCAGGCUCACCCAUGACAUCAGUCUAGAAGAGUUUGAGGAUGAAGAUCUUUCUGAAAUUACUGAUGAGUGUGGAAUCAGCCUACACUGUAAGGACAAUUUGGCUUUACGGGUAACUGGAAGCUAUAGCAUGCAUCUGAAUUUGGAUCCCUUCAUGCUCCCUGAAGAAUAAUUAAGGAAAGGAGUGUAUUUCUGGCUAGUUACAAUAAAAUAUAUUUGGGGGGGGGGGUAAAAAUAUAUGGAAACUGGUACAGCUAAGGAAACAUGAAAAGUGUUGCACUGUAAAAACAAAUGAAUCACAAUUUUAAAUCCAUUUAUGUAAUCCCAAGGUAAGAAAAUAGUACUUUCUCACUGUGGGAGGUUGACAUGAGACUCAGUUAUAUUCUUCUCAGGUGAGUGAGCAGGAGCCUACUAACACUUCAUAUGUACUAAUAGUAAAUUUCAUUGUCUGAAUUCUGGUCUAAAACAUAUAAACUGAGAUAUCAGCAGGAAUCUAAGGUUUGUAGUGAUAGACGAAAUAAUUAUGUCUUACAAUGUGGAGUCCCUAUUUGUUCUUGCAGGAAAGCUUAUUAAAUAUAGAAAUAAAUUGGGUUAAUUUAGCCCACAAAUCAGUAAUGCUGAAUUCCUGGCCAAUUAAGUUGGGGGAAAAGAAAUCAAUAUGGGGCCACCCUACCAAACAUGAUUUGGCGCACAAGUCUGAACAUCUAGAAUGGGUUUGCUCCAAUCUAUAUACUAUUAAAACUCUCAGGUCUGUAACCUUC